GAGAAGCUCCCGGCGCCGGCUGCAGAUGUCGGACAGGCAGGCGGCUGAGGGGCGGCCCUUCUGGAGCCCAGCAGCUCGCCGAGGGUCGGCGGGCGGCGCCGGGGACCGACAGGGAGUGGAGGGGAGCCAGGCGCCCGCCUCAGAGAAGGAAGAUCUGGAACACAAUGAAGUGAGCUCUCCACUGGCCUCUGCUUCUGACCCAGCACCCCAGCCCUCACCCUACAGGCCACAGAUGGUAUCUCCAUCGAGUAAGGAUACCACAGAAGAUCUGCAGAAAGCGGCUGCUGCAUCAGAGGUGCAGGCUCCAGGGGAGCAGGCGUUGCUGCCAGCAGGCCAGACCCAGGUUCUCAGUGAGAUGGCCAAGUACCAAGCUCCGCAGCGGCCUGGAGACACGGUUAUGAUCCAGUCGGAGCACACUGGGGCUAUAGAUGUGCUUUCAGCGGAUUUGGAAUCUGCAGAUCUUCUGGGGGACCACAGGAAAGUGUCUCCGCCUCUGAUGGCUCCUCCAUCCAUCUGGACCUUUGCCAAAGUGAAGGAGUUCAAAAGCAAGCUAGGCAAAGAGAAGAACAGCCGUCUGGUGGUGAAACGGGGAGAAGUUGUCACCAUCCGGGUCCCCACCCAUCCUGAGGGAAAGCGCGUCUGCUGGGAAUUCGCAACCGAUGACUAUGAUAUUGGCUUUGGAGUUUAUUUUGACUGGACCCCAGUGACCAGCACCGAUAUAACUGUGCAGGUCAGUGACUCCAGCGAGGAUGAGGAUGAAGAAGAGGAAGAAGAGGAGGAGAUCGAAGAACCUGUCCCUGUGGGAGAUGUGGAAAGAGGCUCCAGGAGUUCUCUCCGGGGUCGCUAUGGGGAGGUCAUGCCUGUGUACCGGCGGGACAGCCACCGAGAUGUGCAAGCUGGCAGCCACGACUACCCUGGGGAGGGCAUCUACUUGCUCAAGUUUGACAACUCGUACUCCCUGCUACGCAACAAGACUCUCUACUUCCACAUCUACUACACGAGCUGAAGGAUGCCGGGCUCGGGUGGGCUGUGUCUGCUGGCUGAAGCAGGCUGCCAGCAGGCGGGGGCCUCUUGUGUGUCAGCAAGAGCCUAAAGUUCUGUGUGAGGCUCCCGAGCCUCACGCCCUGCCUGGCAUGCCUUGACUGACUGACCCCGUGUAGCUUUUUCCUCCCCGUUCUUGGCUUCUUCUGCAGGUGGUGUAGUGCUCCCGUUCCAUGGUCCCCGCCUCACCUCUCGUCGUUUGAGACUCCAGCUAAAGCCCUCUCAGAAGGCCCCUGUGAGGCGAAAGCCUGAAACAAAGUGGAAGGAUGUCUUUUAAAAGUUGAUUCAUGCUGGGAAAGCUCAUUCAGGUUGCUGCUCACUCCUCUUCUCCAGAGCCUGCGAUGCCGGUGCCCUCAGUAGCGCCUGCCCUCUUUACAUCUCGAGGUGCCAGAGGAGGGAAAAGCACAUUGUCAGCGAAAGAGCCCAAUCUUCUGGAUGGAGAACGCUCUAUCCAGCCUCUCACCACUGCCAUAUUCCUGCCUGCGGCGUGUUCUUGUGUCUCUAACUCAGGCUGGGAGACCUCACUGCCUUGGGUGGAUAUCAUUCCUGUUGGUUAGACCCCUUUCUCCCUUCUCUUUACUAAGUCUGUGCUUCUGCAGUGUAGCAAGACCCUCCCAGCAAUUGCAAGCUGCGGUCAGUGCCCUAAGAGCAGAAAGGCAGCCUCCAUCACUUGCACCUCCAGAGCCGGCUCCCUUAC